CGUGCUGUUAUUUAACCACACGUAGACAUGUGGCUACAUAUUAGCGUGGUUAACAUGACUACACGAUUCAAACGGACGCUAAGAAAUGGUGGAGGGUUAAACAACAGAACUACGUGUGCCUCCAGCAGCUUUCUCUUGACUAAAUAACACCAGCAGUACAAUGCGGAAGAGCCAAGCUUCGGGAUUGGGCAGCGACCAGAUAGCGUAACACCCACUCCUUCACUGUGUGGAGAAUUGCGUUAAACCGACAAGGAAAGGCCUGCGCUUUAUCACUAAUGCAGGAUUGUUUUUCUUUUUGUUUUCCUGAUUUAAUUUUGCCCAUAGAUUAAAAGAGGACGCGUCGCUGACUGGUGUAUGUGUUUAGAAUGGGACACGCUGAAGAUCCAGUCAAAGAAAAAGACAGUUAAGGAUGCAGGAGCACAACAAUGGAUUUCUCCUUCUCUUUCAUGCAAGGGAUCAUGGGAAAUACAAUUCAGCAACCCCCUCAGCUCAUUGACUCAGCCAAUCUCAGACAGGAAGGCACCUGCGACACCGGCAGUGACCCGUGCGAGGAUGGCGGUCCCUCCUACGAUGCUGCCCUGGAUGCAGACUUCUACCCGCCAUCAGGUUCAGAGGACAUGCUGCAGGUCUCCAACGGUUUCCCCCCAGGUCUUGGCAUUUACGAGCCCCAGGCCAAGUUUUCUCUGUACUCGCAGUUUCCCAACGGCUUAGCCAAUGGCUACGGGGCCAUACGCAGCUACAGCGAACACGGUAUCAUCCCAGCGGAGGGCACGGUCCUGAGAGGCCCCGGUCUACAGGACAGACCUUUGUCUCCGGUGUCACCCCCGCUGCCCACUCAUCACCCACACCUUCACCACCAUCACUCCCAUCACCACCACCACCACCACCACCACCAGGCACAGCACUUCCACACAAACACUCCUCACAUACAGACGCACCCUCACCCUCAGAGUCCCCCGCUUCCACUACUGUCAUCCCAGCACCACCUGUCUCAGAUGCCUCACAUCAUGACCCACACUCUGCCCCCCCCGCCUCCAUUACACUUGCCCUCCUCCAGUCCACCACCCUCCCUUGUGGACAGUACCCUGUCUUCUCAACACUCCCACCCCCCGUCCAACACCACUGUUGCGGUACUGAACAAAACCAGCUCUCCGGAGAUCAAGCUGAAGAUCAUAAAGACGUACCAGAAUGGGAAAGAGCUGUUUGAGUCUGCGCUGUGUGGAGACCUGCUCCAGGAGCUGCAGGAGUCUCAGAAGAAGGAAGCCGCUCAGACGCAGCGCAGACACGAGAGAAAGAAGGAGAAGAGGAAAAAGAGCACAAGGCUGCAGCUGAAAGUCCAGGAACAAAACCUGGACCAAAGACAGACCCAAACAGGUUCCAUAGGCCAGACAGACUACACACACACCCAAGCCCUGCUGAGAGAAGCACCUUUGUCCCAAGCAGAGAAGACUCAGAAGAUAGUUAACAAAACCGAAUCAAAGACCCCAAAGGUUCCUAAGCCGUCCGUCAGUCAUCCAUCAGUAAUCCAAGAGACGGGCUUCUGCAAGGAGUUUGUGAUUGGUGAUCUUGUUUGGUCUAAGGUGGGCACCUACCCCUGGUGGCCCUGCAUGGUCUCCUCUGACCCACAGAUGAAGGUCCACACACGCAUCAAUACCAGGGGUCACAGAGAAUACCAUGUCCAGUUCUUUGGCAGCGUUGCUGAGCGAGCCUGGAUCCACGAGAAGAGGAUAGUCAUAUAUCAAGGAAAGCAGCAAUUUGAUGACCUCCAGGCGGAGACUAUGCGCAAGGCGUCAAACCCUGUGGAGAAACAUAAGCUUCUGAAGCCCAUCCCCCAGCGAGAGCGGACUCAGUGGGAGGUGGGUGUGGGCCACGCAGAGGACGCCUUUGUGAUGACGCGACAGGAGCGAAUAGACAACUACACCUUCAUCUACGUGGACCCCGACCCCACUGAUGCCCUGCCCAACAAGAACCCCAACAUGCGAGCCGAGAAGCGAAGCCGACGUUCCAGUGGCUCCAUCAGUAGGAAGGAAGAUGCCGCCUUGAAAUGGCCAGACAGAGAGCUGCCCCCACGAAGACAGCUGCCACACAGACAGUGCAGCAUCACAAACGCAGACAACAACACAGACACUCAGAGCUCAAACGAGGAAAGGAGUCAGAAGGUGGACCGGUGUACAACUGGGUCCCCGAGACACAAUGCCCAACAGGACUCUCCACCUCCGGUGAGAGCCUGGAAAACAGCGGCUGCCAGAAAACUGCUUCCGCUCUCCAUCACCAUGAAGAGGCUAAAUGUGGAAAUCACCAAAUGCGAUUGGCCGCUCCUGCAGAAAAAAGAAGCUCCCUCUCCUAAGAAGGACAAAGAUGAAGAUGAGGAAGAAGAAGAAGAAGAGGAGGAGAGAGAGGAGGGAGAAGCCCGACAGCCUGACCUGGGAUACUGCUCUCCUGAGGACAGCAGAACUAAACCCGAGUCCAGUCCUGGGGAAGAAGAAGACGGUGAUAUAGGGGAGGAAGAGGAAGAAAUGAGGGGAGGCUCCCCAGCCUGUCGGAUGAGUGAGGAGGGAGGGGCCCAGCAGACCUCGUCUCCCGCGUCACACCACAGCAGUCGACAAGGCUCUCAGGAGAGGAAGCUGCAGCGGCGGUCAGUCAGGAGCAGGUCUGAGUCUGAGAGAGGCAGCGAUUCGGUCCCCAAGAAGAAAACCAAAAAAGAACAGUUUAAUUACCUGCAGGCGGAAACAGCUCCCGAAACCACACUGAAGACCGGCUCACAGAAAGGAGCCAGUGAGAUCUCAGAUGCGUGUAAACCCCUGAAGAAGCGAAGUCGAGCAUCAACAGAUGUGGAGAUGGCCUCGUCGCAGUACAGAGACACCUCCGAUUCUGACUCCAGAGGUCUCAAUGAUCCACAGGGUUUAUUUGGGAAGAGUCUUGAUAGUCCAGCAGCGGCAGACGCAGACGCUUCAGAUACUCAGUCUGUGGAUUCAGGCCUGUCCCGUCAGGACAGUAACACUGGAAAGAGAGACACUGUCUGCCAGAUCUGUGAGGUUUAUGGCGAAGGCCUAGUGGUCUGUGAAGGUGACUGCAAUAGACAGUUCCACUUGGAGUGUCUCGGUCUGACGUCCCAACCUGAGGGCAGAUUCACGUGUUCAGAGUGUAGGAAUGGCAAUCAUCUGUGUUUCAGCUGUAAAACAGCAGGCCAGGAAGUGAUGCGCUGCUCCGUGGCGGGAUGCGGUUGCUACUACCAUGAGGACUGUGUUCAAAAACUCCCAGGCACCACCACCAGUCAGGCUGGAAGCUUCAGCUGCCCUCAACACAUCUGCUCCACCUGCUGCCUGGAGAGAGACCUGCAGCAGACCAGUAAAGGUCGACUGAUGCGUUGCAUCCGCUGUCCGCUGGCCUACCACACUGGAGACAGCUGCGUGCCAGCGGGCAGCGUCAUCCUCAGUCCUCACAUCAUGAUCUGCAGCGGCCACGGCAGCUCCAAGAAGAACGGCCUCCUCACCUCUCCCGUCAACGUGGGCUGGUGCUUCCUGUGUGCGAGAGGGCUGUUAGUGCAAGACCUUACUGACACCAUAUUAAGUUCAUAUGCCUAUAAGUCCCACUACCUUCUGACUCAGUCAAAUCGUGCUGAGUUGAAAUUACCUAUGAUUCCCUCUCCUUCGUCAGCUACCAAAAAGAAUAUUGGGAAAGGAGGCAAGUUGCUGUUCUGCAACUCAUGCCCAGCGUCCUUCCACCCGGAGUGUUUGGAGAUGGAGAUGCCGGAUGGCCUGUGGUCCUGCAGUGACUGCAGGGCUGGGAAGAAGCCUCACUACAAACAAAUUGUCUGGGUCAAACUGGGCAACUACAGGUGGUGGCCAGCUGAAAUCUGCAACCCUCGUUUGGUUCCGUCCAACAUCCAGAGCCUUCGUCAUGACAUCGGUGACUUCCCCGUCUUCUUCUUUGGUUCCCAUGAUUACUACUGGAUCAACCAGGGCCGCGUCUUCCCUUACGUGGAGAAUGACAAGAACUUUGUCACUGGUCAGAUCAACAUUAACAAAACCUUCAAGAAAGCUCUAGAAGAAGCAGCGCGGAGAUUUCAGGAGCUUAAAGCCCAAAGAGAAAGCAGGGAGGCUCUGGCGCAAGAACGCAACUCACGUAAACCUCCACCCUACAAGUUUAUCAAGUCAAACAAACCAGUGGGAAAAGUACAGGUUCUCAUGGCUGACUUGUCAGAAAUCCCACGAUGCAACUGCAAACCGACGGACGAUCACCCGUGCAGCCUAGACUCACAGUGUCUUAACCGUGUGCUGCAGUACGAGUGUCACUCUCAGGUGUGUCCAGCAGGGAUGAGCUGUGAAAACCAGUGUUUCUCUAAGAGGCAGUACGCAGAGACAGAAGUGGUGAAGACAGACGGUCGAGGGUGGGGACUCAGGACGAACCAAGCUCUCAGAAAGGGUGACUUUGUGAUAGAGUACGUGGGAGAGUUGAUAGACGCAGAGGAGUGCCAGCAGCGAAUCAAACAUGCCCAUGAACACCGCGUGUCCGACUUCUACAUGCUCACCCUGACCAAGGACCGUGUGAUAGACGCCGGUCCGAAGGGAAACUCUGCUCGCUUCAUGAAUCACAGCUGCAGCCCAAACUGUGAAACACAGAAGUGGACCGUGAGCGGUGACGUCCACAUUGGACUCUUUGCUCUUUGUGAUAUCGAGGCUGGCACAGAGCUGACAUUCAACUACAACCUGUACUGUGUGGGCAACAGACGAAUGUCCUGUCACUGUGGAUCCGACAACUGCUCUGGAUUUCUUGGGGUGCAGCCAGUGAGCGCUAUGGUGCUAGAGAAAGAAGAGAAAGCCAGGAACGCCAAGCUGAAGCCGAAGAAGCGGAAGCUGAGGCUGGAGGGUAAACACGUACACGAGUACUUCUGUUACUGCUGCGGAGAAGGAGGGGAGCUGGUCAUGUGCGACAGGAAGGACUGCCUGAAGGCUUACCACCUUCUGUGUCUCAACCUCACGAAGCCGCCAUAUGGGCGUUGGGAAUGUCCGUGGCACGACUGUACCAUCUGCGGUGCUCGAGCUUCAUCCUUCUGCGAUUUCUGCCCCCGGUCCUUCUGCCAAGCUCAUGAGGCGGGCGCCCUCACCUCCUCCUCCCUGGAAGGCCGUCCCUGUUGCUCCAGUCACGACCCCCUCAGUCCUCUGGGCUCCAACUCCAGCUCCACCCAGGUACAGCACUCUGCACCGAGCCCCAUCAGAGUCAAAGAGGAGCCAGAGACGGGUGAACCGGCUGCAGAGUGACUCUGCAGCUUCCUCAAUACCUCAUUCCCUGCAGUGUGUGCUGGUGUGGCUCCCCGGAAUCUAGUGCUCUGUGACCAGUGUGGUGGCUGCUGAUCAGCACUAAAAGACUGAAGUGUCGACACCAAGUGACCAGGCAUAACUGUGCCAUUUCCCUCCUCUCUUGCCAUAAAGCCUUUUUUUUUUUUACACUUUCCCAGCAUUCAUCACAGGACCUAGACCACAGCCUCAAUGGGUUUCUUUAAAAUCGUUUUUUUUUUUCAGCUGAGGAAAAUCUCUGCACUGCACUGGGGAAAGGACUCAUCAGGUGGGGGUGGAGGGAAUCGUACAGCUGAACUUUUCCUCCACUACUGCUUCUCGUUUUGUGUUUACCUGCUGUAAGCGCUGACCGCAUCUCAAAAAAAAGCCAGGAUGGCCUCAUGGAAUUUAACCUUUUUUGGGCUGGAAUCUCUCUGCUUCACGAUCUGUCAUCAAAUCUCUUUCUCCGACUUCAGGAGGGGGAAGAGAAGGACGGGGAGGGGGGUGAGGGAAUCGACUGUUUUUUGUGCAAUUGUUUUAGGACCACGCUACAUUCCAAUCUUCUUUAAACAUGAUUUUAAUAUCCUUCUCAGUAUAGUUGAAUAUAAUUAUAUACAGUAUAUAUGUUUGUUAAUGUUUACAGACAGAUUCUCUCACUUCAUCUCAGUGAGUGGUGUAUUACGUUUGUUCGUUUAGGUGUUGAACAUUACGCAGACCUCUGUGAAAAUAGUCCUAUUAAGGUGAACUAUAAUGGUAUAUAGUGUAAUUGUAUGACAUUACAAAAGUACUUGUGUUUUUCAUAUCAACGGUCUCACUCAGUGUGUACGUAAUUGGCUCAUGAUAUUGUAAAGUACUUAAACAUCAGGAGUGUCUGGCUGUUCCUGGAUGAAGAAAAGACACAAAGUCAGAUUUUUUAUUUAUUUAUUUUUUUUAAUUUCCCACCUCUCUAACAGAUUUUUUUUCACAUUUCCACCAAACAAUCUCUAGUGAUUUGUGUCCUAGAUGGAGGAGCCCAGCCUUUGUGACCACUGGUGCUGUUUUAAAGUAUUGUGAACCAGCCUUAAGUUCAGUUGUGGCUGUAGCGUCUACUGCCCAGAUGCAGUCUCUUUCAGUUAUGCUGUUUACUGUGUCCACUUUUGAUGCUUAACUUCCUUUUUUUCCCAUUCUUUUGGUUGGAUUUGGUCUUGCCAAACCUUUCUGAAAAGCAUUUUCUCACAGCUUGUCACUCAACAAUUUAGAUGGGUCAGUGUACAGUAUAUUAAAAGAACAUAGGAAAAGUGUUGUGUAAAAGUGUGUAAAAAUUGAUACCUCUUCUUCUAAACUGUGUUCCAUCGUUAUUUCCUCUCGGUCACAAAAGUGGUGAUUGCCGGGGCGUCUUUUUGGUUGCCUGAAAUUUUUUCUUUGUUUCAUUAUGUUAAAAAAAAAAAGACUGCAAAUCUGGCUUCAUACUUAAAAGCAAGAAGUCUUUAGUGUCCUCCGGAGACACUUGAUUCCACCUGGAAUCCACCUUCAAGGCUGGGCUUUAUAUACAGAUGUAGUUCGGUGUAAUGUACAAACUUCUGUACAGUGUUUUUAAUCACUCAUCUGUAAAAUUGUUUUGUAUUUAUUGCACCACAUUUUAUACUGAUUUCUUUUUUCAAACACCAGUAGAGUGCUUUUAGAGUAGAGUGAGUUUUUACAUAUUAUACCUGUAUCUGGUUGUUUUCUUAAGUUUGGUGUAAUGAUUCCACAUUCAGUGACAGCUACUUCUCAUCUGGCUUUGUCAUGACACUGUAAAUGGUGUUUUAUAAAAUAGCAGUUCAGUAUUGAAAUGUCAGACCAGGACAUUGUUGGUCAUCAUAGAAUGAAGCUUACCUCCUGUUAUGUCUCAGCCCUUUUGCCUGUGAUGCUUUUCUGUUUACAGAAGAGCUUUUUUUUUUCUUUAAACUCCCACGGUGAGUGGGUGUGUAAAUCCAAACAACAGGGUUUAACUUUUUGCCAGUCAAUGUAGAAGUUCAUUGUCUCUCUGAGUUCAGGCGUGCAGAUGACCACACUGGUUUAUGUUGACACGAUAACAGCUGUUUCUUUGGGAAGCCAUUGAUUCUUAUUUUCAAAAACUAAUGGUACAAAUAAGUCAGAAUAUAUUAUUAUUAUUAUUAUUAUAUAAAAUGUCACCUUGCUAGGCUCCCUGUCCAUAGCUCCGUGCCCCUAAAAGGGCCUCACCCCCCGUAUUGGCAACUAACCUGCACUAAUGUGCACUACAUUAGUGCAGUGCACGUCUAGUUGGACACCUGUGAUUUUAAAAAGACUGAACUCAGAUUGGCCUUUUUUAUGUGUCGAGUUAAAAAUUCUGUCCAUGUUUUUUUUGCCCACAUUUAUUGCAUUUAUAUUUUCAAAAUGUUCUGCUCCACUUAUUUUAGACAUGAAAAGAUUAAUUUUGUUAUGUUAUUUUCCUGGGAGUAAAAACACAUCCCACUGAUUUCUCCCAGGUAAGUGCAUUUUCCAACGUUUGCCAAACUAUUUUAUUUCUUUUUUUUGUUUGUUUGUUUUUGAAUCAAUCGGUGGAUAAAAGGACGUUUCAACUUUAACUCAAUUUGAAUUUUCCAUACAAUUAAUUGAAUGGAGUAUUUUCAUUUUUGCAGCGGACUAAUAUUAGAUUUAAUAAAAUAUUAGAAAUAUUAGAUUUUUCCAGCUGUAGGCGUUCAUGAUUCUUGUGUUUGCGUAUUGAAAACCUGCAUCUGAAUAGUUCCCAUGACUGUUGAUUUGAUUUAAAAAAGUCACAUACUACAUAUUUUAAAGUCGAAACACUCUUGUAUGUCAAAGACAUUUCUCUUCCUUGUGUCUUUAUUUGUGCAAUGUUGCCCAAAAGUCUUUUUUUUUUUUGAAAUAUCAGAGCAGAACUAUUGUUUGAAUAUAUGGAUGAAAAUCACUCAUUUCCUUCUUUCUGUAGUGGAAUUGCUUACAGUAACUAACUGGGUUCAUAUCGCUCUCGUGUUGUUGCUUCAAGUAAAACGUGGAUGAACACAAGAUAUGUUGAUUACUGUUCAACCUGUGUUACUACAUAAUGCAUAUUGUUGAGAAACUUACGUAAAUAGUUUGCAUUGAACUUGCAUAGAAUCAUGUUACUGUGGCGUGCUCUUUUUUGCUUGUACAAUUUUGCUUUUAAAUGUGUGACUGUUGAGACAACACUCUUUGUACAUGGCUUUGUCUUUUUAUUUGAGAAUAUUGAUUUUGUCCUUUUUUCAUUUGGAAGUUGAGUUUGAAGAGUUCAGACAUGCCUGAAGUUUGACUUUAAUAAAGCUGUACUCUGUCUCAGUAAAA